CGCCGCCGAGCGAGCAGCAGCCGCGUCAGGACCGUCCGGGGGCGCCGCCCGCGAUGCCCGCAGCCCCCGCCGCGCCCCGCCGGGCCUGCUGAGCCGCCCCCGGCCGGGUCGCGCCGGGCCGGGGCGCGCCCGGGCGGGGCGGCGCUGCCUGCAUGACCCUCCGGCGGCGAGGGGAGAAGGCGACCAUCAGCAUCCAGGAACAUAUGGCCAUCGACGUGUGCCCCGGCCCCAUCCGGCCCAUCAAACAGAUCUCCGACUACUUCCCCCGCUUCCCGCGGGGCCUGCCCCCGGACGCCGGGCCUCGGGCCGAGGCGCCCCCGGACGCCACCGCACGCCCAGCCGCGGCCAGCGCCGGCCGCCGCAGCCCCUCCGACGGCGCCCGCGACGACGACGAGGAUGUGGACCAGCUCUUCGGAGCCUACGGCGCCAGCCCGAGCCCCAGCCCCAGCCCCGGCCCCAGCCCCGCGCGGCCGCCCGCCAAGCCGCCCGAGGACGAGCCGGACGCCGACGGCUACGAGUCGGACGACUGCACCGCCCUGGGCACCCUGGACUUCAGCCUGCUCUAUGACCAGGAGAACAACGCACUCCACUGCACCAUCAGCAAGGCCAAGGUGCCAAGGCUGAUGUUCUCUCGCAAGGGCCUGAAGCCAAUGGACCACAACGGACUGGCUGACCCCUAUGUCAAGCUGCAUCUGCUGCCAGGAGCCAGUAAGGCAAAUAAACUUAGGACCAAAACCCUGCGUAACACUCUGAACCCCACAUGGAAUGAGACCCUCACUUACUACGGGAUCACAGACGAGGACAUGAUCCGCAAGACCCUGCGCAUCUCCGUGUGUGAUGAGGAUAAAUUCCGCCACAACGAGUUCAUCGGGGAGACAAGGGUGCCCCUGAAGAAGCUGAAGCCCAACCACACCAAGACUUUCAGCAUCUGCCUGGAGAAACAGCUGCCGGUGGACAAGACAGAAGACAAGUCCCUGGAGGAGCGGGGCCGCAUCCUCAUCUCCCUCAAGUACAGCUCCCAGAAGCAGGGCCUGCUGGUGGGCAUCGUGCGGUGCGCUCACCUGGCCGCCAUGGACGCCAAUGGCUACUCAGACCCCUACGUCAAAACAUACCUGAAGCCAGAUGUGGACAAGAAAUCCAAACACAAGACAGCGGUGAAGAAGAAAACCCUGAAUCCAGAGUUCAACGAGGAGUUCUGCUAUGAGAUUAAGCACGGGGACUUGGCCAAGAAGACCUUGGAAGUCACCGUGUGGGAUUACGACAUCGGGAAAUCCAAUGAUUUCAUUGGUGGUGUGGUUCUGGGCAUCAAUGCCAAGGGCGAGCGUCUGAAGCACUGGUUCGACUGCCUGAAGAACAAGGACAAGCGUGUGGAGCGCUGGCACACGCUCACCAACGAGCUCCCAGGGGCCGUGCUCAGCGACUGACCCCACCCGCCACCCCGCCCAGCCCACACAGGCCUGGCCCUGGGCUUCCCCGGCUGUCACAAGGGCUGUGGCCCCUGUCUUGGGCACCAUCAAGAUGCCUGCUCGGACACAGAACCACUGCAGCCCCGUUUGGUGGACACAACACCCGGCCAUCCGAGGGACAAGGGAGGGCAGAAGGCCAGGCCUGCUCCCCACCUCCCGGGCGCAGUGGGCAGGCGGGGGGAGGAAAAGGCCUUGGCCAUGCAGCCACAAGGACCUUGUAGAGGUCAGCAGGGCGGGGAGUGCAGACAGGCGAGGUGCUCGGGUUGGCGCCAAAGGGACAGAGGAGGGAGACCGGGCGGCAGAGGACAGGACUUGGAUGAAGGAGGCAGAACAUCCUACCACAUCCCUUCCCCUCUGGCAUGGCUGGACGGGUGGGAAGAGGCUGUGAGCAAGGGUGCAGCUCCUGGAGGCUUCAGGGUGAGGGCUUCACUCAGGCCUCUGCCAGCAGGUGAGACACGGGGUCUGGCUGGACUUCGUAGUUUAGGAGCCGCACGUGGACCGGGGCUGAGGGAGGCUUCCUGGAGGAGGUGGUACACAGCAAGGCUUCGGGGUGAGGGGUCUCUAGGUAGAGCGGGAAGAACAGUCCGGGCAGUGGGACUGUUCUGAGAAGGCCCAGGGCUGGGGAGAAGGCCCUGGGCGGGGUGGGGUGGAGUCUUUAGGUUUGUCCGGUAAGGGCGGGGCUUGUGACAGUUGGGGAAGCUGAUGACAGGUACAGGGUCAGGUUCUGUCCUCAGAGCUGCACCUGGUUCUGCUCAGCCUGAGUGUCGGUCAGCUGCAACGGGGAAGAGAAAGGGGCGCCUCUGGCAUGAAAAGAGGCACCCCUUCCUUCUCAAGUACCCCCUUCCUUUCCCCAGCUCCUUAGGGUUCAAGCAACAUGUUUGGGGGCCCCUGGGCCACAGCCUCCUGGCCCUGUUGUGGUGUGAUCGGAUGUCCCUUUUGGAGCACUCGGUAGCUGUCCAGGGCCUAGUUUCUGGAACAGCCAGGAGCUGAGAGAGACCCUGCCCGUCUUCCUCUCCAGGAAGCUGCUGAGAGCAUCGAAGUUUUGGGAUCUAGGCAUGAAGGGACCUUCUGGAGUUGUGGGUGAACAAAUGCACAAACAAGGUGUUUCAAAACUGCUACAGGGCCCCUCCUUGCUCACCCCAUGGAGGCUGAGGGGGACAAGGACCUGCCCGUCACUGCCUUGCAACCCUGGCACAGCUGGGGCCAGGAUCCAUGGUCCCCACCCCAAGCCAGAGCAUUGGAUACACACUGAUGGGAGCCCCACUGCCAGCUCCAGGCGUAAGGGUGAACCUUGUGCUGCUAGCACAGAGCACUUCCUCCAAGGCCAGAGGUGACAGUCACAUCUCAGCGCCCAUCAGCCCUUCCCAGUCAGCAGGAGGAUGGGAACGCAGCACCCAGCCACAUCUGCUGCUCACAGAAACUUGGCUUUGUCACCUCUAGAAGGGCUUGGCCUUGUGGCUCCAGGCUGCCAGGCAGUGUCUUCACGAAUCAUCGCCACUCCUGUGAGGCUCACAGAGACUGGCUGCCAGAGUCACAGGGCUGGGUAGGGAUGAACUGAGACAGCCCCUUUGAUCGUCUGGGCCCCAGGACCAACCAACUAGGUCCUCAGAAUGUUAGGGGCUCAGUGAGGUCUGGUGCACGGUGGAGAUGUGGGGCCUUGUUGUCCUGUCCCUUGGCCUUUAACCAGCUUUGAAGCCAUCCGUGCCCCUCAGAGGUUACCCAGAAGCCCACAGCCUGCCCCCAGACUCGCUGUCCAUUCUUUUCAGAUCCUGGGGGCCAAGGUGAGAGGUGACCUGUUUUUAAGGGGUGCUGAGACUGUGAGUACAGGUGUCUUCUCAGCUUUGCCUUGUUGAGUGCUUCAACAGGGUCCUAAGCUGCCUGUGAAGCUAUGAAAGUAACAAGUGGCAAAACCAGAAGGGGGUGUGGCCCCCACCCAGUGUGGUACCCUUAUUAGACAAGGGGAAACAGAUCUGGAAGGGAAGGGCGGGGCUGGGGCAGGAGACCGGGGUUCCUGGCACCGGGUCCAGGACCCUUCUGCCCCUGACUGACCUGAAAGAGGGUCCCGGCUGACCACAGCGACAGCAGGCCAGGGGCCGGGGAUCUAGCCAGCUGGUACAGGGCGAGGGGGGUCCUGGCCGGAAAUGACAGCUGUCGGGGUCCCAGCUGUGCCCUAGGUAGGCCCCUACACACUGGGUCUCCUCUAAAAAGAAAAGCGCUGAGAAGCUGCAGAAUCCACUCUGCCUUUGACCCCAAACAGGCAUCUUGUCUCUGGUCCAUCAGUCCUAGAGACAAAUUCUGCUGCCAAAAAAGAAAAAAAAAAAUCAUCCCAAAGUCAGGCUUCAGUCACCAGGGGUCGCCCGGGGCGCUGCGCUCACACCAGGGCCGGGUCUGCGCCCCGCCCACCACCACCAGUAGCCAAUCCCGACGGGCCCGUCUUCCAACCUUGAGGCGGUGACUUCCUGACCUCUAGUGGCGAUAGCGAGGAACUGCGCCUCCCCGGCCGCCUGCCCGCCGAGCCCGGGCUGUGCAUGCCCUGCCCUUCGUUCCUUCUCAAACCGAGUGAACCUCCCGAUGCAUGGACUCUGGCUGUCGCCGACGCAGACUCGUGCACUGCUUCACACCGUUUUGCUACCAUGUGACGGCUGCAGAAACAGUCCAACUGCAGCCCCACGACAAUUUUUGUACUUUGUCUGACCUGCCCGCAGGUGUCCUUUCUAAGUCUUAUUUGUUAAUAUUUAUAAUGACUUAUAACCCAAAGUCAAUGGAAACGUCAUACUGCGUUCA